AUGGCUUCAUUUAGAUUUUGUGAAGAAUGUAAUAAUAUGUUAUAUCCUAAAGAAGAUAAAACCGGUGCUGAACCAAGAUUAUUAUAUGCUUGUAGAAAUUGUGGUUAUACUGAAUUAGCUUCUGAUCCAAAAGUUUAUCGUCAUGAAUUAAUGACAACAAUUGGUGAAACUGCUGGUGCUGUUAAAGAUAUUGGUCAAGAUCCAACUUUACCAAGAAGUAAUAAACAAUGUAUUUAUUGUGGUUAUGAUGAAUGUGUCUUUUUCCAAUCUCAACAAAGAAGAAAAGAUACAAGUAUGACUUUAUUUUAUGUCUGUUUAAAUGAUGAUUGUAAAAGGAUAUUUCAAAGUUAA